ACACUCGUCCAAUGACUCGUGGCCGUUCGUAGUAUUUCCUUUUAUUUAGGUGAGUUGCCGAUCAGCCAAAUCGUGAAGUGGGUUGAAAACAUUUGCAAAGUUUUUAUUUCCUUCUUUUGGCUUACUAUAAUCAGUUAGUGUGGUCGAAGAACAUGGCUUCUUUAAGGGAUCGAGCAUUUUGACAUUUAAAAACACGAAAAAGUCCGAUGCAGCUUUCCUCCGUGUUUCAAGCUGCUGGCUGUCAACUUGUGCUCUAGCUGCAACAGCUUUCACCGAGUCUUUCUCUUCAUUUGCUCUGGAAAACAAAUACUGCGGGAUAGUGACAAAAUAACAACGCGUGGGCGUUUGCGCUUUUGAACCAUGACCACUGAAGUUGCGAGUGACUUGGAGGUGACAGUCAGUUGUUUGGGCGAAGGGAACCAAAACAAGUCGGACGCGGAUCGACCCAAGAAAACUGAUCGAGUGAGCCACGAGGAGGGGCAGCAGGAUCCUCCUCAGGUCGACUCUAAACAUCAAAAACAGGGGGACAUGGAAAGCAAAGCGGAUGGGUUAAGCACGGACACUAGCACGAACGACAAGGAGAAUGAGCAGAAUGCAUCAUGCCACAAAGCAGAAACUGACAAGAAGAAAGUGAUCGAGGCUCCUCCGCCGGCAGUGAACCCAUGGAUGAAGAGGAACGCAUGCCCUCCUAAUAAUCCCACCAACAGCUCGCCACAAACAGAACCCCAGAGUCCUGCCAAAGUUGUCCGUGCCAGCAAACCUAGAUCCAGGAAGACCAGUAAGUCAAGUGACUUCAGUGACAUCACAAACUGGCCUACCCCAGGAGAACUCGCCAAUAAGGAGCAGCAGCAGAAUGUGAUAAACACACAUGGGAGGAAAGGGACGUCCGGACGGAGGGAGAGGAAGAAGGAUCAUGGGGUAGAGAAGGAGAGUGGAAGUGAUGGGAGUGACAGUAAGGAGAACAGGGAAGCACAGUCAGAUCCGAUAACUGGACUUUCGAACGAGAAGGAGAUCGAGGAUGGAGAUGAAACACACAGCAGUGCCCCCCGCAGGAGAGGAGGCUGGAGAAGAGAGAGAGAUUUCUUUGAUGACACAGCAAGCGUUCGCAGUGAGGGCAGCAAUGUCCGUGGAGGCCUGAGGGGCAGGGGCAAAGGUCGCGGUCGGGGCAGAGGUCGUGGACGAGGUCGCUAUGAUUACUCCCACAGUUACCGGGACUCUUACCAGGAUAAGUCCACGGCUCCAGCCGAGUUCGGCACUAACAUGAUCUAUUACUACGACGACGGUAAUCGCGUGCAGAUGUAUACGAUCGAGGAGAAUUUGCUUAAAGAAUAUAUCAAACGCCAAAUUGAAUACUACUUCAGUCUCCCAAACCUGGAGCGUGACUUCUUCCUGCGGAGAAAGAUGGAUACAAAAGGCUUUCUGCCCAUCUCUCUGAUCGCCAGUUUCCACAGAGUCCAGGCCCUCACCACUGAUAUCAACCUCAUAAAAGAGGCGGUGAAGAACAGUGAUGUCGUGGAGCUGGUUGAUGAGCAGAUCCGUAGGAAAGAAGAGCCGGAGCAUUGGCCCAUCCCGGGUCCUCCUCUAGACUCCCCGCGCACAGAUUUCUCCCAGCUCAUUCACUGCCCUGAGUUUGUCCCAGGACAGACAUUCACCUCCCUCAGCACAGUAUCGUCCUCCCCAGUCAGUCAGCACAUGGAUGAACCCACUCUCGUGAAUGGCCAAACUAGUGAUGACACCGACACAGCCAAACCUCAGUCCAAAGAAUCCUUUCCUUCCGACUCAAAAAGCAGCUCUAGUGAAGAUGGGAAUACCCCAAAAGAGCGGUCCAGCAGUCUCUCUGAUCCAGAUGUCCAGCCGUGGAUACAGGUGGAAAAACGACACAGAAACUCCUCUGGAAAAAACAAGACCUCAGUAACUCCUCUUCCUCCUAGCUCUCCUUCUUCUCCUCCUCCUCCUCCUCUUCCUUCUCCUCCUCCUCUUCCUUCUUCUCCUCCUCCUCUUACUUCUUCACCUCCUCCUCCUCCUCCUAUUCUUGAGUCGUUCCCAUCUGCAGAGAACACAGAAUUUGUUCAGUCCAGCCCUAAGCAGCCACCUGAAGCAGUCCAGGAGGAACUGGACUUCCUGUUUGAUGAAGAAAUGGAACGGCUCGCAGCGCCUCGCAAGAACACCUUCACUGAUUGGUCAGAUGAAGAUUCUGAUGAUGAACUUGAUGACCGAGACGUUAACAAGAUCCUGAUCGUUACUCAGACCCCCCCUCACCUGCGGAAACACCCUGGGGGCGAUCGGACAGGGAACCAUGUUUCACGUGCCAAAAUUACAACUGACCUCGCCAAAGCCAUUAACGAUGGACUGUUCUACUAUGAACAGGAUCUUUGGACAACGGAAGACGGACCGCAAGAGUGUGCCAAUGCCAAGGAUAUGGAGAACUUUAAAAAACUCAACGUGAUAAGCCAAGACGAGUUUGAAACUCUGACCCCUAAACUUCCCAUUGACAGCAGCCAGGAGAUCCCACCCCCUCCACCAUGUCAAACAGAUGAUUUUAGCAUGGCUCAUUCUUUCCCCACGGAUGUCCCAGAAUCCCCCAGUGUGCCCCAUACCCCACGUACACCACGAACCCCUGGAAGACAGGACCCCACCAAAACCCCACGCUUCUACCCUGUCAUCAAAGAAGAUAGUGGCAACCUUGAUGAAAAAACUCCCAGAAAGAGGAAAACCCGUCACAGUUCAAACCCUCCACUGGAGUGCCAUGUAGGCUGGGUAAUGGACUCACGAGAACACAGACCCCGCACUUCCUCUAUCAGCAGCUCUAAUGCUUCUCCGUCAGAAGGAGCCCCCGCUCUGUCAGGCAGUUACGGCUGCACCCCACAGUCCCUGCCCAAGUUCUGGCAUCCAUCCCAUGAGCUUUUAAAAGAAAAUGGCUUCACCCAGCAAGUUUACCACAAAUACCGCCGUCGAUGCCUCAACGAGAGGAAACGAUUAGGUGUGGGUCUGUCUCAGGAGAUGAACACCCUCUUCAGAUUCUGGUCCUUCUUCCUCAGAGACAACUUCAACAGAAAGAUGUAUGAAGAGUUCAAGCAGUUUGCCUUGGAGGACGCCAAGGAGAACUACAGGUACGGACUGGAGUGUCUGUUCCGGUUCUACAGCUAUGGACUUGAGCGGAGAUUCAGACAGGACAUCUUCAAGGACUUCCAAGAGGAGACCAUGCAAGACUAUGAGAAAGGUCAGCUAUAUGGACUGGAGAAAUUCUGGGCUUUCCUGAAAUACGCAAAGGUGAAGAAUCAGCCCAUUGACCCCAAACUCCAGGAAUACCUCAGCAAAUUCAAGAGCAUUGAUGAUUUCAGAGUAGAUCCACCAAUGGCAGAGGAAGGAGUAAGGAGGAAAGCACACUCGUCAUUCACAGGAGACGAGGUGAAACGUAGACGACACAACUCGACAUCAUCAUCGAAACAGACCCCCGUCUCCAAGACAUCUUCAGACAAUCAGCUGACCACUGGAGGAAUGACAAAAACAGCCACGACUGAUCAGGCCGCUGCCCCAACGACAACGAAAACCACCAAUCAACCAUCAGCCAAGGCAGCCUCAGCCAAUCAGAAGAGCGGCAUGGCUAAUGACCCGUCUACAAAAGCCCCACCCAAAGAGAAUGUGAAGAAGAAUACCUCAUCGGAUGCUCGCAAAGGAGAGGCGGCGACCAGCAAAAACAAAGAAGCCCUACAGCCAAAGAAAUGAGGCCCUUACUACACUAUAUACAGUAUUUGAGUGUGAUUCUAACUCUAGAGCUGUGAAAAGAUUUUCAGUGCUGAUGCAGGCUUACGUUUUACACCGUAACCUCGGAAGUGAGCCAGUCAAACCGUUAGAGCAAAGACCAACUGU